AUGGCGGAGAAUGAGUGGCUAUCGGGUUAUUUGGACGCGAUUCUAGAGCGCGGAGGCGCGCCGAUGGACACUGACAAGAAGGAACGGCUGGAUCUAUCGGAGAUCAAGGGUCAGAGCGGCACAGCCGUCCGAUACUUUGUGAAUGAGAUCAAGGAUUCAAGCGAGGAGGAGCUGCAUCGCACGUGGAUGAAGGCCACAGCGAUGAGCGACGAGAAAGGGUCGCGAAUGGAGAACUUCACGUGGCGAAUUUGGCACCUGUCCCGGAAAAAGAAGCAGUUGGAGCAAGAAGCAUCGCGGAUCAAGGAGCAGCAGCAGCACGACAAGGAGGAGGCAGAGCUGGACAUAGAGGAGGAGGACGGCCCUGAUGACGCCCUCCCGGACACCUUAUCAUCAGCUGACGUGGCUACUGACGUGGACAAGGCCGCGGAUGACCUGCUGGACUCCAGUGCCAACGUGGCAGCAGCUCAGGCUGCGGCAGCAAAGGCUGCAGCGGAGAAGGAGUCCCGGGGGAGGAGGGAGAACCAGCAGCAGGGGGAGAGGCAGAGGGAGGUGCCUGCUGGUGCAGGGUUGACUGCUGAGGCGCCUGGGAGGGACCCGCUUGAGCAUGGCACGGAGAAGAGGCUCUAUAUCGUCAUGAUCAGCAUCCACGGGUUGGUGCGUGGAGAGAACAUGGAGCUGGGCCGAGACUCGGACACGGGCGGCCAGGUGAAAUACGUGGUGGAGAUCGCGAGAGCCCUGGCGUCCAUGCCUCAGGUGUACCGUGUGGAUCUGCUCACACGCCAGAUCGUUGCUCCUGGGGUCGAUUGGUCAUACGGAGAACCCUCAGAGAUGCUGAGCUCUCUCCGCUACGACCCCGACGGGCUGAUAGCGGGGGAGAGCGCGGGCGCGUACAUCAUCCGCCUACCCUGCGGGCCACGAGACCAGUACCUGCGCAAGGAGGCGCUGUGGCCGUACGUGGACGAGUUUGUGGACGGGGCUCUCACGCACAUCAUGCACAUGUCCCGGGAACUGGCGGAUCAGAUCGGGGAUGGACAGCGCGUGUGGCCGUAUAUGAUCCACGGGCACUAUGCAGACGCAGGAGACAUUGCAGCGCUGCUCUCAGGUGCACUGAACGUCCCGAUGGUCCUAACGGGCCACUCCCUGGGGCGCAACAAGCUGGAGCAGCUGCUGAAGCAGGGCCGCAUGAGCCGCGCGGAGAUCAACACGCAGUACGCCAUCGACCGGCGCAUCGAAGCCGAGGAGUUUUCUCUCGAUGCAGCAGAGCUGGUGGUGACGAGCACGCGGCAGGAGGUGGAGGAGCAGUGGGGGCUGUACGAUGGCUUUGACGUGCGCCUGGAGAGGGUGCUGCGCGCCCGGCAGCUCCGAGGGGUCAGCUGCCACGGCCGCUUCAUGCCGCGCAUGGCGGUCAUCCCCCCAGGAAUGGAUUUCUCGAAUGUGGUCGUCCCAGAUAUCGACGGCUCUGAUUCGCCCGGGCCUGAGCCUCCCAUCUGGGCCGAGGUGCGCAAGUUCUGGUCCAACCCACACAAGCCCAUCAUCCUUGCUCUCGCUCGUCCCGACCCCAAGAAGAAUCUCACCACGCUCGUGCGCGCCUUCGGGGAGUGCCAGGCUUUAAGAGACCUCGCCAACCUGUGCCUGGUGAUGGGCAAUCGCGACGACAUUGACGCCAUGAGUGCGGGCAACGCUGAGGUGCUGACGACAGUGCUCAAGCUGAUAGACAAGUACGACCUGUACGGUCAGGUGGCCUACCCCAAGCACCACAAGCAGAUGGAGGUCCCAGAUAUAUACGCACUCGCUGCCAAGUCGAAGGGCGUGUUUGUGAAUCCAGCACUCGUGGAGCCGUUCGGCCUCACUCUCAUCGAGGCAGCAGCGCACGGGCUGCCCAUGGUGGCCACUAAGAACGGCGGACCAGUUGACAUCCAGAAGAUGCUGAGCAACGGGCUGGUGGUGGAUCCACAUGAUGCCAACGCACUGGCAGAGGCGCUGCUGCAGCUGGUGGCAGACAGAGCGCUGUGGACCGAUUGCAGGAAGUCAGCUCUGGCCAACAUUCACAAGUACUCCUGGCCGCAGCACUGCGCCUCUCUGUUAACCCGCGUGGCCCAGUCGCGUCUGCGCCACCCAGUGUGGAGGGCAGCAGCACUCUUCGAUCAGGUCGCUGCCGCCACCUCCUCCACCCACCCCUCCACCGGCCUGCACUCCGAAUCCCUCCGGGACAUUCAAGACCUCUCCCUGCGCCUCUCCUUCGACGGCAAGUUCUGGGGCGGAGGGUCCUUCCAAGGAGGGUCUUUCCAGGGAGGCUCUAUGGACCUCUCUUUCAUGCUGGAUAACCUCGGGGUUAUCCGGCCCGACGGCCGGUCCGCUAGUGGUUACGCGGCUGAGCCUUCUCAUGCCGCUGGUGGUGGUGGUUUUGGUGGUUCUGGUGGUCUUGGUGGGGGGGAGGGGCUGGGAGAAGGAGCAGCGUUGGGGAUUCACAACAGGCUGGGGAAUUACUCGUUUACUGGGGGUAUGGGGUCGGAGAGUAUUGGGAGGUACCGGGAAGGGGUGGGCGGGUCGGGGAGACUGCAGGGGAUGCAGGAGGAAGGGGAGGACGGAGGAGCAGGGGCUGGGGCUGGAGAGAAAGGGUCGGCAGCAGGAGCGGCGGCAGCAGCGGCGUUUGAGGGGCUCCGGCUGAGGAGGCGGCGGCGGCUGAUCGUGGUCGCUGUGGACGAAUACGACCCCGUUGGGCGGCCGGGUUCGUCUGUUCUGGACUCUCUGUGCGCCGCCCUGGAGGUGGCAUACCGGCACAACACGGGAACGUUAAGGGAGCGCGUUGUAUGGGGUAUGGGGCCGGGCGGGGAGAUUGGUGUGGUGCUGUCGACGGCACUGACAGCCAGAGAGACGGUGGCAAUGCUGACAGCAGCAGGAGUGGGGCUGAGGCAGCUUGAUGCGUUGAUAGCAGGGGGAGGGAGCGAGGUGUACUACUCUGUACCGUGCUCCACCGCAUCGGAACUUGGAGCAGCAGCAGCUGGGGGAACAGGAGCGGGAGCAGGAGCGGGAGCGGCGGCAGGAAUGGCAGCAGGUCUGGUAUCAGCCAUGGCUCCUCUGGAGGAUCGGGAAGGCUGGCAGUUGCUUCCCGAUCCGGACUAUUUCGCGCAUAUUGAAUACCGGUGGAGCGCUGACGGUGUACGCCGGUCCAUGGGACGAAUCCUGGCGCACGCUAUAAAGGGUACAGCAUCGGGUGGGGCUGCCAGUGCUGCCACCACUCCUGUGGCAGGCUCUGGCGGUGUUUUCCCUCCUCCUGCCGCUGCUCUCUCUGCUGCUGCUGCUGCUGCUGCUGCUGGGAAUGGUGCUGCAGCUGCUGCCGGUAACGGGGCUGCUACUAACGAGGAGGAGUAUGUCCGCUCAAUCUCCUUCUCAGACGGGCUGACAGCAAUCGCCUCUGAGCCUGCAGCUCCCUCCACCCACUCAGGCAUCCCUGGGAGCAAGAGCGUGACUGGCAGCAGGCUGGGGGGUGCAGGGGCGGGAUCGAGAGGGGUGAGGGGGGCGGUGGGGAGCGGGCUGCUGCUGCAGCAGCAGCAGCUGCUGGCGGUGCAGCGCGUGUGUGUGGAGGAUGAGAUGAGAACCACGUCCCGGCGGCUGGCUUACCGAGUGCUUGACAUCGCACAGAUGCCCACAGCAGCUGACUUGCGGCGCCGCCUGCGCCUACGUGGCUUGAGGUGCCACGUGGGCUACUGCCGUGCCGCCACAUGUCUUCACAUCCUGCCGCUCCACGCCUCUCGCUCACAGGCCCUCAGGUACCUCUGUGUCCGCUGGGGAUUGGAGCCUGCUGACCUGGCAGUCGUCGUCGGCAGUCCAGCUGGCGCUGACGGGGAUUACGCGCAGCUGCUCUCCGGCAUGCACCACACCCUCAUUCUGGAGCCUCCCCCUGCUGACGUGGCACAGCACCAAGGAGCAGCAGCAGCAGCAGCAGCAGCAGCAGGGAUGGAUCCGUUUGCAGAGUACAGGAGGAAGCUGCUGCAUGAGUUUGUGCCGCGCAGUGACGUGCAUCUGCCCAACCUGGUGAACGUGGAGGAUUCGUCAGAGGACAAAGUCAGUGCUCUCGCUGGAGCCUUGGAGAAGAUAGGCUUUGCAUAA